ACAGUCAGAUCACAGAGCAGAGAAGAGCAGAAGCAUGAAGUUAAACACAGUUUUGGGUGUUGCUGGAACCAUACUUCUCAAUAUAGCAGGUUUUCUCUGCCAGUUAGAUGUGUGUGGUCAAGCCCCCCUCAACACCAAGAUUGUUGGGGGGGAGGAUGCAACGGCAGGGUCUUGGCCUUGGCAAGUCAGCAUUCAAAGCACCGCAUUUGGGGGCCAUUUCUGUGGUGGGAGUCUAAUCAACAAAGACUGGGUUUUGUCUGCAGCGCACUGCUUCCAGAGCUCCCUGGGUACCAUUCGGAUCUACCUGGGACGUCAGAGCCAGUCGGGAUCAAACCCUAAUGAAGUUUUCAGGACAGCGAGUGUCAUCAACCAUCCUGACUAUUACGAUCUUACCCAUGACAACGACAUAGCACUGCUCAAGCUCUCUUCAUCUGUGACUUUCACUAAUUACAUUAGGCCAGUCUGUCUGGCGGCUGCUGGUAGUAAAUUAGCUGCAGGUACAGAGACCUGGGUCACUGGCUGGGGAGCACUACAGUCUGAAGGUUCUUCUCCUGACAAACUGCAGGAGGUGAUGAUACCAGUUGUGAGCAGCAGUGACUGUGAUGAUGCUUAUGGAGGGAGCAUCACAAGUAAUAUGAUUUGUGCUGGAUUGUUAAAUGAGGGAGGAAAAGAUUCAUGUCAGGGAGACUCUGGAGGUCCAUUGGUUACUAGGAACGGCUCCCUGUGGAUUCAGUCCGGCGUUGUGAGUUUUGGUAUCGGAUGUGCUGACCCCAGAUAUCCCGGUGUGUACGCCAGAAUCUCUCAGUACCAGGACUGGAUCACCUCUACCAUAGGCAGCAACCCACCUGGAUUUGUCGAAUUCAACAACAAUGGAUUCAGAAGCUCACCCAACCUUCUUUUAAUUCCCAUUUCUCUCACAUUCUCCAUCAUUCCUUUCACAUGCUCCCUAUAUCUCUCUUCGUAGAGAUAGUUUGAAUGACAGUCCUCAGGGUUCUUUGAUUAAGAGGACAAUUGUGCUGUACAAGUUUUCAUAAAUAUGUGAAGUAGGUGCAUAGUCAUAUUGUCGUUUGUUCUUUAUCUUUUUAAAAAUGUACUAUUCUUGGAAAGCUCUUACUCUUAUUUCCUGCACACUAAUGAAGUUCAGCAAGCUUUUGCCCUAAGAAUUUUUGCAUAAUGAGAGUGGUGUUUGUGAUAUUUGGCCUAAAUAGGAGACAUAAGUGAUGCUUGCAAUUAUAAUGCAUAGCUAAUUAUUGUCUUCACUUUGAAUAGAUUUUUUGAGAGACUAUUUUAUUUUUAUUGACUGAUUGUAUUUUUAAAAAAUACUG